GACAUAAUGAAAACAGGCUAAUUUCAACCAGCACUGCUACUUCGUGAGCUUGUAUGUUAGAGGCAGGUUGUAGGUGUGUAGACAGGGCUUUGUUCUUGUGUAGUCGACGUAGCCUUCCUCAUAAGCAGCCUCGCAAUGUUAUGACUGCUUUACCUUGCCUGAGCUUUGCCUCAUGCGGAGGCUCCUCGGUAUUCUCCCUCAGUCAGCAGUCAGCGGGAGUCUGAGAGGAGGAAGGCACGGAAGCCGAGAUCCGCCGACCACUCGAUCAUAGUAACAUGUUAUCUAACCCGAAAUCUUCAUAGAGGCUGCAGUGUUGGGAUUCGAGUCUCUCGGGGUUGUUUUCGCCGAAGAACAGAGCGUCGCUGUUAACCUGACUAACAUUUCGCCGCGAGAUUGCUCUUACUGACCGCGCGCGCGUGUGUGUGUGUGUGUUUGCUGCUGAAACAGUCAUUCGCUGCCACACAGCCAGUCCAUCUGCCCCUCACAGCCCUCAGAAUGUGCCAGCAGCGGAGUUGAAGAUGCCAGUCUGGAUUCCCCCUGAGAGCUCGCCGAGUGCUCCUGACGGGGCUGCGGCGUUGUGGCGGUGAGUGGGGUGGAAAGCACCACAGAGGCUACCCCAUAGAUUCGGCCCUGUUUCUUGCCAUACAUCUGUGCGCAUAGCAGCCACAGUGAAAAUGCAUGGCAGUUUGAUCUGUGGAGAAAGCCUCGACCAAUAAUGGCCCAUAGGAUAAGCAAUAUAAAUUUGAGCAGUAGCAUCCCCAUCAUGAGGCUUCUGUUGAAGUACCUGGAUAAAAUGAGAUGUUUUCGGAAGCGUUCCACCAUCCCAUUUCUGGUGGUUCUUAUCACUUUCCUCCUCUUCAUGAACCUGUACAUGGAGGAUGGUUAUGUACUGGAGGAGGACAAACGGCAGUUGAGGGAGGCCUCAAUGCACCCACUAAAUUCUGAGAGAUAUGUUCACACCUUCAAAGACAUCACCAAUUUCUCUGGAACCAUUAACGUGACCUAUCGUUACCUAGCUGGAACACCUUUGCCUCGAAAAAAGUAUCUAACCAUUGGAUUGUCAUCCGUGAAAAGAAAACGAGGAAAUUACCUUUUGGAGACCAUAAAAUCCAUUUUUGACCAGUCCAGUUAUGAGGAACUCAAAGAGAUUGUAGUAGUAGUCCACCUGGCAGACUUUGACCUAGCUUGGUGUGAAAGUCUGGUUCAGGAGAUCUCCAGGAAAUUUGGGCAUCAUAUCAUUGCAGGCCGUCUACUGGUCAUCCAUGCUCCUGAGGAGUAUUACCCAUCUCUUGAUGGUCUGAAGAGAAACUACAAUGACCCUGAGGACCGGGUUCGAUUCCGCUCUAAGCAGAAUGUAGACUAUGCUUUUCUCCUGAACUUUUGCACCAACCUCUCCGACUUCUACAUGAUGCUGGAGGAUGACGUACGGUGCUCACGGAACUUCCUCACCGCCUUGAAGAAGGUGGUCACAUCCAGAGAAGGCUCGUAUUGGGUAACAUUGGAGUUCUCCAAGCUGGGCUACAUCGGGAAGCUUUACCACUCUCGAGAUCUUCCCAGGCUUGCACACUUCCUCCUCAUGUUCUACCAGGAGAUGCCUUGCGAUUGGCUCCUGAUUCAUUUCCGAGGCCUUCUGGCCCAGAAGGAUGUGAUCCGCUUCAAGCCCUCUCUUUUCCAGCACAUGGGCUACUACUCUUCAUACAAAGGGGCUGAGAAUAAACUGAAGGAUGAUGACUUUGAGGAGGACUCGCUUGAUAUCCCAGACAACCCACCUGCCACCCUGUACACGAACAUAAACGUGUUUGAGAGCUAUGACGCUGCCAAAGCUUACAGUAGUGUGGAUGAAUACUUCUGGGGUAAGGCUCCUUCCACUGGAGACUUCUACGUCAUAGUGUUCAACAAGGCCACGAAAAUCAGUAAAAUUAAGAUCACCACUGGAACAGAUGAUCGACAGAAUGAUAUUUUGCAUCAUGGAGCUUUGGAAGUUGGAGAGAAACUGGUAGGAACAAAGAAAGGGCGGCAGUGCUCCUCCUACAUCACGCUAGGAGAGUUUAAAAACGGGAACAUCGAGGUUCAUGAUGUGGAUCAUAAGAUAUCUUUUGAUAUCGAAUGUGUUCGCAUUGUGGUAACAGCAAGCCAGAAGGAAUGGCUGAUCAUCAGAAGUAUAAGCCUGUGGACUACACAGCCUCCAAGUCAGUAAGGACUGCUGUGGAUCGUUACAAUAAUCAUCACACGAAGGCACAACAAUCAAUUGUCCAGUUUGCUUUGUUUAUUUAUCUAUUUAUUUAGUUUUCUAUUUAUUAGGUUAUUUAUUCAUUUUUUAUAUCCAAGAACUCUUUGCUUUUGCUUCAGACUUUAAGUAUAUAUAGAAAGUACAUACUGAACUUUAAGAUUCAUAUUUUUCUGAUGACUUAGACGGCAACUCUUCAUGAAUGAGAACAUUUUCAAGUUUUUUUUUUUUUUCCUUCAGGUUGUUACUCCAUAUCUCUUCAGCUGAAAACCUCAGCAGCUUAACUCUCCAGGUUUUGUUGCUUGGCAGUGGAAUUUUCCACCAUAGCCUUGGGAAGUCCAGUUACAUGCUCAUUAUAUGCCGAAGCUGCUGCUUUACGAAUUGUAAACAUCAAAGUGGAGUUAUUUGUUAUUUGAUGUAUUCAUUUGUUAUACCCCCCCUCCUCGUUCUGAACCAUUUCCUUAUCAUAACUUCCUGUCAGCAAGCACAUGGUCAAUAUAGCAUUGAAUAUACAAUGUAUUGUGGCAUGAAUUUAGUCGACAGCACUUCAUAUUGUCUCCCUCUCAAGUGGUUGAAGAAAUGUCAUUUAUUCAAUCAACCUUGGGCCUGGAGGGUCACCUUUAGACUAGUGUUUUGAGAUUGCAGUGUGUAAUUUGUCAGUGUGUUCCUUCAGAGGCAUGGACCACAACACAGUGUUUCUAUUCACCCAUCUUCUGAAGGGUCGUGAUUGAACGGUACAGUGACGAAUGAGGUGGACCUGUUCUCCCUUCCUCUCUUUCUUUUUGCCCCUGUUUUGCCUCAGCACAAUUUUACCCAAGUAAAUUGGAUUUUGUUUGGCUCUCUCUCUCUUUCUGUCCAAAGUUACACCAGCACCAGCCACCCUAGUGUAGAACAUUCUCUUAUCUAACACCCAGAUGGAGCUACUGCAGUGCCUCACUGGCCUGAUUUCAUCUGUAUACAGCCAAAUUAGCCAUCUCUACAAGUAAAAAGAAAGAUAUGACAAAUUAGCAAUGCAAUAAGAAGAAAUUUGUUUACAUUUCUAUUUACGUAGUGCUGUUCCACUGAAAACUAGGUGUGCUGUAGUGUAAGCACUGCAGGGGUAAGCCUCCCCACCCAUGUCGUUACCCAGGUGUGAAAAUCAAAUGGCUCAUUUCCUGAUCAUGUGAGGUGAAUACUUUGUGUUUUUUCUCUGGAUGAAUGCUUCUUUAAUGUAAGUGCGUGGCAUGUUAUUAUCACAAAAAGUGUUUUUAUAAAUAUCUCUUUUUUUCUUCUCAGAAGCAAAGCACAGGUUUUUUUCCUCAGAGAGACACCUGAGGCAUUGCCGGGUUGGGCUUCAAAUUUAAAUUUGCGAUUACUGGAAGGUUUUGGUCGGCUUCAUAAUGUAACACAUAAACACACAUCUCUCAGCAGUGCAUGAAGCAGGGAAGAAAUAUCGCAUUGUCAGUAAGCCUGUAAUUAGUUUUUUUAGGUUUUAUUACUCGAUUCCAAACCGUCUGCUUUAAACUCGAGCGGCAUUGUACUGUACUUGGUUUGUAAUUUGAUAUACUAGGUACACACACUACCUUUAUGACAGCUUACAUCUCAGUCAGUGUGGCUGCGUAGGUCGUUAAGUGAAGAGGAUGUCUUAUGAUGUACAUUUAUGUUGUAAUCUCUCACCGCAUCGUUUGUCACAUGGUACUGUAUGUAUAUUGUAAAAUGACAUAUAUUUUUUUACAUGUACCAUUAGAACUGUUUGCCUUGUAUAUUGUACCUAAGUACAGAUUGAAUCAAGUGUUGAAACAAAACAAUGAAUGCCAUUUGAUCUGGGAAAAAAA